CUCAGCGACCCCAACUAACACACACGCUCUCCAACCUAGCCAUAACGGCUCACCAUUCGCACUAAACUCCACACACACUCCUACUCACAACCAGAGUGAUUGUUUAUGACUAACAACCCCCGGGGGGGUCAUCAAUUUUAUUUCGCAUCUAUUAGCCUGUUCAGCAGCGAACGACAAUACCACCAGCCCCAAUCCGUCCGCGAGUGCAACUAUGCGGCACUCCCUAUUGCCCUGCUGGCCCACUCCACCAUCCUCAUCCACCUCUACCACCUCCUCAUCCACCUCUACCACCUCUUCAUCCACCUUUACCACCUCCCCUUCCAUCUCUGCAAACUCAUCUCGUCCUCCUUCUCAUUCGUUUUCCUGCCCUUCCUUCCCCAGGUCCGACUCCAGGGCGAUCCUCACAGCACCAAAACCACAUAGAGGUGGAAAGGGAAUAGGAUCGUGGCCACCAGUGUUGCAGGCAUGCCGUACGAGCAAGUUAGAUAGUGUGACGGCGGUAGUAGACAUCGCGGAGAUGUAACUCUGACGAAAGCCACGAUAUGUUAGU